AUAGAAUUCCUAACCGCACAGCGUUCAUGUCUGCUCCUUAAAUUUAUUAUUUGGCAGAGCCUGCGCGAUACCUAAUUUGAGCCGUAACAUCAGCAGGAGUACGUUGUUCGAAAUAAGCAAAAUGAAGGGUAAACGUGAUAUGGAGCUGCCAGAAGACUUCUGGAUACCCGUCAGCCUGGACACAAACAACAUCACGUCACUUAGCCCUUUUCUGGUUCCACAGGACCACUUGGGGGAUACUGCCACCUUUUACGCCAUGGCAGUUUUCAUGUUAUUCGUAUUUAUUUUUGGCACUUUCAUCAACGCCCUUACCAUUGCAUGCACCAUCCAAUACAAGAAACUUCGAUCUCACCUCAACUACAUCCUGUUGAACUUGGCAGCAGCAAACCUUCUUGUGUCCACUGUGGGCUCCUUCACUGCCUGCUGCACUUUUUCAUUCAGAUAUUUCAUCUUUGGUGCGCUAGCAUGCAAGAUUGAAGGUUUCAUGGUAACACUCGGUGGUAUGGUAAGCCUGUGGUCCCUUGCUGUGAUAGCUUUCGAGCGAUGGCUUGUGAUUUGCAAGCCGCUCGGUAACUUUAUUUUCAAGCCCGACCACGCUAUAGCCUGCUGUGCAUUCACUUGGUUUUUUGCAGUAUUUGCCUCAGCUCCUCCACUGUUCGGCUGGAGCAGGUAUAUUCCAGAAGGCCUACAGUGCUCCUGUGGGCCAGACUGGUACACCACAAACAACAAAUACAACAAUGAGUCCUAUGUGAUGUUCCUGUUCUGCUUCUGCUUUGCUGUUCCUUUGACCACGAUUAUCUUUUGCUACUCCCAGCUGCUCAUCACACUGAAAAUGGCAGCCAAGGCCCAAGCUGAGUCUGCCUCCACCCAGAAGGCAGAGAGGGAAGUGACCAGGAUGGUGGUGAUUAUGGUGCUCGGCUUCUUGGUGUGCUGGAUGCCAUAUGCCUCCUUUGCUCUUUGGGUUGUGAACAACCGUGGGCAGUCAUUCGAUCUGAGAUUUGCGACUAUACCGUCCUGUUUCUCAAAGGCUUCAGCAGUCUACAACCCUGUUAUCUAUGUGGUCUUUAAUAAACAGGUCAGUUACAUGCUGUGCCGAGUAAGUACUAAGUUAUUUAGAAGCAAAUGGGUUGUCUUCUCCUGGUUUUUAAUACACCAAACAACAUGUUUUAAAGUUAUCUGAUGUGCCGGAGCUUUGAAUCGAUGCUCUACUUUAUCUAUGUGUAUCUCACUACUGUGACUCUUUUAUAUCCAACUUAAACAACAUGUUUGGUUAAUUUUUGUCCCAUUUAGAAGGAAUGUAAAUAAAAGGGGUUAUAGGUAGGGGUAAUCUGGGGGUCAAUGGCUCAGUUCCCUUGCUGUGACUCCGUUAGAAGGUAGAGCAACAAGUCAGUUGUUGGAUCCCUGGCGACUCCAGUCCAUACACGUGUCCUUGGGCAAGAUGUUCGUGCUUUGAAGAUGUUUUUGGUGCAAAAGUCUACUAACCAACCUAUUUUCUUAACUUUAUAUAGGCUGUAUCAUAUCUUAGCUGUGGUCCUAAAGCUAUAAAUAAUUGGGCUGUUUUUAUGCAUAAAAAAUAUGAUACUUUAUAACUUUGCACAGGAGAUUUAAUCUACAAAUAU